GAGCAGCGCAAGUCGAUCCGAUGGGCGAAUAAGAUGAUAUUGAUAUCCAGUUCAUUGAUUAAGCAUACAUAAUCAAUGUUCGCUGUUCAGUUCGCUCAUCGUCGACCGUUGCCAUCGUACCUUGUUUAUUGUUAUUUUAUCAUGGUUGCGAGUUUGUUGUGACCGAACCCGCUCCUAGCAACGGGUUGGAAGCCGUAGCCAUAGUCACCAUAAACGCCUUUUUUUGUCAACACUCAACAAUUCCGGGGGAACGAUUAACACGAACAAAAAAUUAAUUUAUGUUUGAUUAUUCCGUUGCACACACACGACGUCUACGACCAACAAAAUGAAACGAAAAUGAUGGAAAAUAGUUUUUAUUGUUUACAACUUAAUAUAAACAAAAUUAUUAUAACACACUAGGUAAUUCCAUGACGACUUCUGUGAGGACUAGAAUCAAAUUAGAAGGGUCAGUAAGUGCUGGCCCUCAAGUUAAUACUAUUCCUGUUGUAACAGCAGAUAGAGUUGGUCAAACUCUUGUCAUACAACCAGUACAACAAAGUUUUGUGAACGUCAACAGUAAUAGACAACUUGCGAAUGCUACACUGUGUGGAACUAGUACAGUUCAUGAUGACGGAUCUAAUAAAUCAACGGAUAAUGAUGAAUAUCACCUAGAUCAUAAAGAUAGGAAAUUUCCUACAGUUACUGUUGAUAAUGAUCAUUAUAUUGUUGCAAAAUCAGAAGGGACGCAUGGAACAUAUUAUACUUCUCUUACACCAAUACCUACAUUGGUUCCCAAAGUAGAGCCUGUUGAUUAUGAUGAUGUUGGUCAUUCUACUUAUGUACAGUAUGUUGAAGCAAUUGGUGAACAAGCAAUUUUCACUAACGAAGAAAUGGUGUACCCAGUAUAUACUGUGGGUGAAAUUGGAACUAUGCAUCAGACUGAUCAAACCCAUUAUUACACUCCCAGCACAAAUUCUUUUUCUCAAGAUGUGUCAUAUCAUACAGUUAACGCCACUGAGUCUGAUGUAACAAACAUAAAUCAACUGAAUAGUGUCGAGGAGUCAAAUAGAGGAAUGCAAAACUCCGGUCUUAUCCAAGCAAAUAAAAUUUCUCCUGCAACUGUCGACUGGCUGAUGGAUAAUUAUGAAAAGGCUGAAGGAGUGUCGUUACUCCGAUCAACAAUAUAUGAUAAUUAUUUAACACAUUGCUCGGAAACUAAAUUUGAUCCUUUAAAUGCACCAUCAUUUGGUAAACUUAUCCGAUCUGUGUUUACGGGAUUACAAACAAGGCGUCUAGGAACUCGAGGAAAUUCAAAAUACCAUUAUUAUGGUAUUAGAAUUAAACCUAAUUCAUUAUUAAAUGAAUUAAAAGAAGAGGAAAGCCUACCAGUUGAAACAACAAGUCGAAGUAGUAGUUCAAAAAAAAUUAAAAAAAUUAAAAUUGAAGAGCAAAAUUGCAAUCAAUAUACUACCAUCAGUUCAGAUUCUGGAAAUUAUUCUCAAAACAGUAUUCCAUCUUCUCCUUCUCAAGCACAAGACCAAGAAUAUUUAGGUGAUGGUGCUAAUGCUGUACCACAAUUUCCUGAUAUUAUAUUGGAUGAACUACAAUUGGAUGAUAAUUGUACUUUAGAAGAUGUAGAUACGUUCAAACAUUUGUACCGUGAACAUUAUAAAGCGUUUUUAAGUGCUGUGUUGAACUUAGAAUUUGGCACUAUUGAGUCACUUUGGCGUCAAUUUUGGUGUAGUCAAGAUAAUAAAAAUGACGAAUAUGAAGUAGAACAAUAUUUGUCUAAAGAAAAAUUAUAUUCAUUGUCAAAGUGCAAAACAUUGCAAUUGUUUGUGAAAACUGUUGAUUUUCUAUUUUAUCAAAACUUGGUUAAAGUUUUAAUUCCAGAUGUUCUUCGGCCUGUUCCUAGAACAUUAACUGAAGCAAUUAGAAAUUUUUCCAAAAGUCUAGAGUCAUGGCUUAUAUCUGCAAUGCAUGGGUUUCCAGAAGAAAUGAUCUCAAUAAAAGUGGCUGCUGUUAGAGCCUUUGCACAAACUUUACGCAGAUGCACUUCUGCAAGAGCUGUGCUUCAAAAUUAUACCAAAAUAAAUCAAAUACUUACCGAUUUGAAUUGUAUGGACUUCUAUAAUGAACAAGAAUAUGUUCAACAAAUAAAUAAUUUGGAAAAUGAUAAUGAUGCGGUUCAUACUAAGAAGAGGGUUAAUAGCGAAAUAAAUGAGGGCUCUGAAAUGCUUUCGGAUUGUAAUGAACCUCCAAAAAAACCAAAAACUCCCAAUUAUUCUGCCAGUACUUCCACAGAACCAGAACGUUUUAAUGUUUUAUUAAGAAGUCCAUCAAAAGAAACCAAGAAAAAUAAAUCCAAGAUGGCAAUGGAAGAAACUAAGUCGUCAAAAGAUGACAUGGAUGAGGAAAAAUAUUAUAGCAAUGAUUGUGUUGGUGAUGACAAUGAAAAUAAUUUUGUUUUCACUACUCAGGACGAUUACAAUUCAAAAUAUCCCACUAUGAUUGAUCCUGGUCGGUUUUCUUGUCGAUUUUGUGAUAGAGAAUUUACCAACGCCAAUAGUUUAUCCAGGCAUGAAAAUUUUCACACUGGAAGAGCUCCUCUUGAGUGUGAUGUUUGCUUUAAAACGUUUAUCAGCAAAUCUAUAUUGUGUAUACAUAAAAGGUCGCAUACUGGGGUGAAACCAUAUGCGUGUGUUAUUUGUGGACGAUCUUUUACGCAAAAAUCAAAUUUGGUUUUACAUUAUAGAAGACACACACAGGUCAAAAACCGUACAAGUGCGGUCCGUGUGAAAAAAAGUUCUCAUCAACCAGUGGUCGAGCAGAACAUACACUUAGAUGUCAUCCAUAAGACUUAUCAUCAAACCUAAGUUGAUUCCGUUCUCGUUAAUGAUGUCAUUAUGAAUAUUUCUUUUUCCUGAUGAAAACAUAUUAAUUUGUUAAGAGUUAUAUUAUUACUGAAUCCUAAAACUUAUAUUUAAAUACGUAUCAAUCUUUUCUUAAAAAAUUAUAAAUUGUUUACUUGAAAUUACUUAUUGUUCAUUAAAAAAAAAUAAAAUAUUAAAGAAGAAUUUGUUCUUAACCAGGGCUCAGAAGUUAAUAAUAUGCAUUUUAAAAGUUUAUAUAAUAUGUUCUAAAACUUGGGGGAAAUGUGAAAAAUAUUAUUUUCAAAAACAAAGUUCUGCAAUUUUCAUUUUUAAUGUGAUAUGUGAACAAAGAGUUGUGUGGUUUGCAAAGAGUAAAAAUGUUCCCUUAAAAUUUGUUUAGUUUAUAGAUACUGAGUUAAGCGAUGUAUAUACGAUCAAUUUGUUAUUUUUUUUCUGUAGACACAAUGUCAAUACAUAGCAGAAAAAAUGUCUGAAUAUUUAACUUAAACAAUUGUUUAUAAUGUAAUAUUAUUAUUUAUUUACAUACUCAUAUAACUUGCUUAAAAAUUAAAAACCCAAACUUGCAAUACAUUAUGCAAUUUUUAAAAUGUAUAGAUUAAUAUAUUAUGAAUAUUAUGAACCUAUUGAAAUUGUUCUUGGUACCUUUUUAAUUUAAUAACAUCUAGUAAUAACUAAUAUUAGGUACUUAUAAAUGCAAUUAAUUUUGAAAAAAAUUAUAACCUACAAAUGUCAAUAGAAAUAGUAAUAAGUGAUCACUAUAAUAGUAUUGAAAUUUUAAUUGAUAGUAAACAUAAUAGAAAAUAAAUAUAUAAUAAUAUAACCUAUUAAAGGCUUAGAAAUAAAUGUUGACGUACUGGUCUUCACUCAGAAUCGUUUUUUAAGUGAUUGCUUUUACCUAUUAAGUUGAACAAAUUUAACUUACCUAUCCAUAUUGCGGUGAUCUUCCUAAUGUGAUUAUGACACUAUGUGAGACGUGAGAUAUGUACACUUUGGUGAAAUUAAUAGAUAAUAAUAUAGGAUACACUUGAACAGUGCGUAGCCAUGGCGGCCUGGGUGCGGACCCCCCCCCCUCAGUACCCACCAAUCUUAGGACUGUAUAAAGUAAUAAUAUGAAAGUA